AUAUCAGGCGGGACUCAGGCGCUCCCCCUCGCACUCGCGCGUUAGGAAGCUUGGGUGUGUGACGCGCUGUCUUCCCGCCCGCGUCAGGGACCUGCCCGACUCAGCGAGAGGCUAAGAAUACGCUAUCUGGCUUCAGUUUCUGGAGGGGUGGUGGUUAAGGCCAAGCAAGCAUCUGUAGUGUGUGCACAGGCUGCCAUGGCAUCAGAUGAAGGCAAGCUUUUCGUGGGAGGUCUCAGCUUCGACACCAACGAGCAGGCGCUGGAGCAGGUCUUCUCCAAGUAUGGGCAGAUCUCGGAAGUGGUGGUGGUAAAGGACAGGGAGACUCAACGAUCCCGAGGCUUCGGGUUUGUCACCUUUGAAAAUAUCGAUGACGCUAAGGAUGCCAUGAUGGCUAUGAAUGGGAAGUCUGUGGAUGGGAGGCAGAUCCGAGUUGACCAGGCUGGCAAGUCUUCUGAUAACCGGUCCCGAGGAUACCGGGGUGGCUCUGCUGGAGGCCGGGGCUUCUUCCGUGGGGGACGCAGCCGGGGCCGAGGGUUCUCCAGAGGAGGAGGAGACCGGGGCUAUGGAGGUGGCCGCUUUGAGUCCCGGAGUGGUGGUUAUGGAGGCUCCAGAGACUACUAUGCCAGCCGGAGUCAGGGUGGCAGCUAUGGCUAUCGGAGCUCCGGUGGGUCCUACAGAGACAGCUAUGACAGCUAUGCUACACACAACGAGUAAAAGCCCUCUGCGUCCAGAUCGUCCUUCCAUGGCUGUAAUAAGAUGGGGGAGCUUCGCUGAACGUUGUGUAGUGAGCACCUUGUUACCACUUUUGUAGUCCUUUCGGUUCUGACCCAUCAGCAGCCUGCUUCUGACCGAGAUGGCCUCGUGACUAGACCUGUUUUUAAGGAAGCGCUGUCUGUUUUUAAGCAUUCUUAAAAAUGUUUUGGAAAGCACUUCAGAUUUUACUGUUUACCAUGAGCCAUGGGUAUUUGUGGGGUUUUUUUGUUGUUAUUUUUUUGUUUUUGUUUUUUUUCCCUAAAUUGUCGGGUUGUGUGGGUUUUCACUGGUUUCAAAAAAAAUUUGGUUGUCUAAAAAAAAAUUUCUUUUUAUUUUUUUUUUUUUUUUUUUUUUUUUUUUUUUUUUUUUUUUUUUUUUGUGGUCGCCCAUGAAGUCUGGGGCCCCACCCCUCCUGAGAUGGAAUGGACUCGAUUUGACCAAGCCAUAGCCCUCCAGCUCCCCAGCCCUGUUGCGGAGUGCAGCAGGUCCUGCCCAUCGGGCACAUGUCUCAAGCCCGCGGGGAGCACAGCAGUCCGGGAGGCUGUGGAAAUGUUUAUUUAUAUUGUCCUUUUUUACCGAAGACAUGCAUACUCCAUCGAUGUUGUAUUCACAGUGGCUGAGGAAUUCUUGUACGCAGUUUCUUUGGCUUCACGAAGCCGAUUAAAAGACCGUGUGAAACGAA